GGUCCGUAUUACAGCGGAGGUAGAUUCGCUCUUUGGCUGUUCACGUAAAUAUUGUUGUCAGUGUUUUUACUGCUGCUGCAAUUAAACAUUAAUAAUCUCAUUAAUAUAAUAAUUCAAAGAGCAGUUAGUAAGAGCGCGAGAGAGCCGAGCUGCACCGGAAGCUCUGACGUCACCCACAAAGCUACAGAAGUUAGCUUAGCAUGCUAGCUGUAAACAGAGCGGAGCUUAGCAACACAGCGCUAGUCAGAGUGACUGUUUGAUGGAGAGCAAACAGUGUUUUUGACGGAGUUUGUGUGAUUGUGUGAAAAUGUGUAAAGUCCAAAUGCUGAGAGCGUUGGUGAAGCAGCGACUAACUGCGGCUGCUGAAGAGAUAUUUGGGCUGUUUGAAAGAACGAUAGCAGAGUACGAGGAGGAACUUUGUCGUUCAAAAGAGGAGAACGAGCGACAACGGAAACUACUGGACGCUGUUUUCAACCCUCAACUUCGGUUACACAGAGCAGACGUCCAGCAGCUGUCGGUGAUUAAAGAAGAGGUUCCCCCUGAGCAGCAGCAGGAGUGGAGACCCAGUCUGGACCAGGAGGAUCCAGAGCCCCCACACAUUAAAGAGGAACAGGAGGAAGUCAGGACCAGUCAGGAGGGAGAUCAGCUUCAAGGGUUCACAUUCACUCCUGUGAAGAGUGAUGAUGAAGAGAAACCUCAGUCCUCACAGCUUCAUCAAAGACAAACUGAACAGAUGGAAACAGAUGAUGGAGAGGACUGUGGAGGACCAGAACCAGCCAGAAACUCAGAUUCAGAUACAUAUAUACAACCAGUUUGUAAAGACAAUUCUGUAGACUCUUCUGAACCUGACAGUGAUGAUGAUUGGAAGAAGACCAGAGAACCUCAGUCCAGUUCAAACUCUCUGAAUAAAGUCCCUGUAAGUUCCAGGAACAAAGAUCCAGACAGACAGAGACAACCUGAUACUGAUGAGGCUUGGUAUUAUCAGCUCAAAAACCAUCAGUGUGUUGGUGAGUCCUCACAGCUUCAUGAACUCUGGACCACUCAGGAGAUAGAGCAGCUUCAAGGACUGAAGGAGGUUGAUGUCAUCAAGUUCACAUUCACUCCUGUCCCUGUGCAGAUUGAAGAUGAAGAUGAAGAGAAACCUCAGUCCUCACAGCUUCAUCCAACCCAAACAGAGGACUGUGGUGGAACCGAACCAGCCGGGAACUCAAUUCUAGACAGAAAUUUACAGCCAGACACUAAUGAGAAGACUGAAGACUGUGGUGAUGAUUGUGAGAAGACCAGGGAACCUCAGUCACGUUAUAUUAGCAAUAUAAAACCUUUCAGUUGUUCAGUUUGCCAGAGACCAUUCAGCUGCUCACUGUGUGGUAAAAGCUACAUUAAUAAGAGUGCUCUGCAUAGACACAAGAGAACGCACUCAGGUGAGAAACCAUUCAGCUGCUCAAUCUGCCAUAAAAGCUUCCGUCAAAAUAGUUCUCUGCGGGAACACAUGAGUAUUCACACAGGUGAGAAACCAUUUAGCUGCUCAAUGUGCGAUAAAAGCUUUAAUAGAAACAGUCUUCUCCAGGAACACAUGAGAACUCACACAGGAGAGAAACCAUUCAGCUGCUCAGUGUGUGGUAAAAGCUUCAUUAGAAAGGGUAAUCUGCAGGAACAUGUGAGAACUCACACAGCUGAGAAGCCAUUUACCUGCUCAGUGUGCGGUAAACGCUUAGGUCAAAAGCGUAGUUUGCAGUUACACAUGAGAACUCACACAGGUGAGAGACCAUUCAGGUGCUCAAUGUGCGAUAAAAGCUUCAUUAAGAAGGGUAAUCUGCAGGAACACAUGAGUACUCACACAGAUGAGAAACCAUUCAGCUGCUCAUUCUGUGGUAAAAGCUUUAGUGUAGAGCGUGCUAUGCAGCGACACAAGAGAACCCACACAGAUGAGAAACCAUUUAGCUGCUCAGUCUGCAGUAAAAGCUUCAUGAAAAAGAGUAAUCUGCAGAGACACAAGAAAACUCACACAGGUGAGAAACCAUUCAGAUGCUCAGUGUGUGAUACAAGCUUUAGUUUGAAACGUACGCUUCAGUUACACAUGAGAACGCAUACGGAUGAGAAACCAUUCAGCUGCACAGUCUGCGGUAAAAGCUUCUGUUUAAAAAGUACUAUGCAGAGACACAUGAGAACUCACACAGGUGAAAAACCUUUCAGCUGCUCGGUGUGCAGUAACAGCUUCAUUCAGGAGAGUACUCUGCAGUUACACAUGAGAACUCACACAAGUGAGUAACAGUAACCUGUUCAGCUGUUACAGAAAAACAUGGUAGAUGCAUCGUGAUAUCAGAACAACAGAACUGGUGGGUGGCUAGGUCUGUAGCUAUUGCCAAAGUGCAAUAUUUACUAUUUUCUGUUCCACCGGCCAAGAUUUUACUUGUUUAGACUGCUGAAACUGAAAUGGAAAACUAAUCACAGUUCAGUUUACAGUAUCAAUACAAACUGGAUUCACAGAACUUGAUGUUAUCAGAUGGUGAACUGAAAACACCAGAUGGACCUCAGCUGGUGUGCAACAUUUGAAAAGCAGAUGAAGGGUUUGUUCUGAGGUCAUUUUGAAAUAUCUUUACCUGUGUAAUGAGUACUGAGUGAGUGAGUGAGUGAGAGAUUCUCCUUUUUUCUGUAUUUUUUGGGUUUUGGUUUUGUCAUAUUAAUACUCACAUUCCUCGAGGCACUGGCCGAGGAGGUGGAGUAGCAGCCAUAUACGAUUUGAGUGUUUUAAUGGACCCUAAACCUAAACUAAAUUAUAAUUCAUUUGAAAGCCUUGUUCUUAGUCUUUCUCACCCAAACUGGAAAACACUGCAGCCAGUUCUAUUUGUUAUAGUGUACCGCGCUCCUGGACCGUACUCUGAUUUUAUAUCUGAAUUCUCAGAGUUUUUAUCAAGUUUAGUCCUUAAAUCAGAUAAAGUAAUUAUUGUAGGUGAUUUUAAUAUUCAUGUGGAUGUUCACAAUGACAGCCUUAGUAACGCAUUUAAAUCAUUAAUAGACUCAAUUGGCUUCUGUCAGAGUGUAAAUAAACCAACUCAUUUUUUUAAUCACACUCUUGACCUUGUUCUAUCAUAUGGCAUUGGUAUUGAACAUUUAAUAGUCUUCCCACAUAAUCCUUUUCUAUCUGACCAUUAUUUAAUAACUUUUGAAUUCAUACUAUUAGAUUAUAAGCCAUUAGGCAAAACUUCCUACAGCAGAUGUCUAUCUGACAGUGCUGUAGCUAAAUUUAAGGAGAAGAUUCCUUCAGUGUUUAAUUCAGUGCCAUGUCUGAAUUUAACAGAGUCCUAUAACGACUUUAGUCCCUCUAAAAUUGAUAAUCUUGUCGAUAGUGCUACAGGCUCACUACGAUCAACAUUAGACUCUGUCGCUCCUAUAAAAAGGAAAUUAUUAAAACAUAGGAGACCAGCACCUUGGUAUAACCACCAAACCCGCCAGUUAAAGCAAAUAGGUAUCCCCAUGACCUGAAGUAGCAAUGACUUCAUGAGCUUCUUUUAUAAUAAAAUUAUCACUAUUAGAGAGAAAAUUAAUCACCAACUGCCAUCAACAGUUAUCAGUGGCUCUCCAAGUUCGGGGACUUUUUCUAAUGUAAACUCAGAUAUAUAUUUAGACUGUUUUUCUGCUAUCGAUCUUCAUCAGUUAACUUCAAUCAUUUCUUCAUCGAAGCCAUCAACCUGUCUGUUAGACCCGAUCCCAAUUAGGCUGCUUAAAGAAGUCGUACCCUUAAUUGGCACUUCUUUACUGGAUAUGAUUAAUCUUUCUUUAUUAUCAGGAUAUGUACCACAGUCCUUUAAAGUAGCUGUAAUUAAACCCCUUCUUAAAAAGCCCACUCUUGACCCAGGGGUUUUAGCCAACUAUAGACCAAUCUCUAACCUCCCCUUCCUCUCUAAGAUUCUGGAGAGAGUAGUCGCCAAAGAGUUGUGUGACUUUUUACAUAACAAUAGUUUAUUUGAGGAUUUUCAGUCAGGAUUUAGAGUUCAUCACAGCACAGAAACAGCUCUGGUUAAAGUUAAUAAUGACCUUCUGAUUGCUUCAGACAAUGGACUUGUCUCUGUACUUGUAUUUUUAGAUCUUAGUGCUGCAUUUGACACCAUUGACCAUAAUAUUCUUUUACAGAGACUUGAGCAUCAAAUUGGCAUUAAAGGAACCGCACUAAGCUGGUUUAAGUCAUAUUUAUCAGAUCGUUCUCAGUUUGUACAUGUUAACGAUGAAUCUUCAAUAAAUACUACAGUUAGUCAUGGAGUUCCACAAGGUUCUGUACUUGGACCAAUAGUAUUUACCUUAUAUAUGCUCCCUUUAGGCAACAUUAUUAGGAAUCACUCCAUUAACUUUCACUGUAGAUGAUACGCAGUUAUGUCUAUCGAUCAAGCCCGAUGAAAUUAAUCAAUUAUCUAAAUUACAAACAUGUCUUAAGGACAUAAAAUCCUGGAUGAGCUGCAAUUUUCUGAUGUUAAACUCAGAAAAAAACGAAAUUCUUGUACUUGGCCCCAAAAACCUCAGAGACUCACUGUCUAAAGAUAUAGUUACUCUAGAUGGCAUUACCUUGGCCUCUAGCACCACUGUCAGGAAUCUUGGAGUUAUCUUUGAUCAGGAUUUGUCAUUUAACUCCCACAUAAAGCAGACCUCCAGGACUGCCUUCUUUCAUUUACGUAAUAUUACAUAAAUUAGACACAUCCUAUCACAGACAGAUGCAGAAAAACUAUUCCAUGCAUUUGUUACUUCAAGGCUGGAUUACUGCAACGCUUUAUUAUCAGGUUGCCCCAAUAAGUCCAUUAAAACGUUUGUUGCAAUCUGAAAUGGCACUAAAUCUUACACACCGGCCACAAGAGUGCGAGCUGCAUGGCUAACUGAGAUAACAGAGGUGGCAGAGGUUAGUGGCAUCAAAUUGUGUUAAUUGCAGAUCGCAACUGCCUCGGAAGUUUCUAAAGGAGAAACUAUGGUGGGCGUAAAGUGCGCAAAAAUACAAAGGCAAAGAUUCUAAUUUUCAGCUUAUUAUACACUAAUGAAAACAUACCUAAAAAUAUUAUAUUACAUUUCUGACAAUAAACCCUCCUCAGUGUUACACAAUGGACCUUUACAGACAUAAAAAUGCAAUUUUCUGAUGUUAAACUGAAGGUUCUUGUACUUCGCCCCAAACAUCUCAGAAACUCAUUAUCUAAAGAAACAGUUAUUCCAGAUGUUAUUACUAGUCCAUGCAUUUGUUACUUUAAGGCUGGAUUACUGCAACUCUUUAUUAUCAGGUUGCCCCAGUAAGUCCAUCAAGAUGCUCCAAUUAAUUCAGAACGCUGCAGCACGAGUACUGACAGGAACUAGAGAAAAAGACUAUCGGGGGAUUUCCCAUGGUGCACUGAGCUCCUCUCUUCCUCUCUCUCUCUGCACUCAUUCAUGUCCCAUUAAUGCAUGUUACUAACUUCACUUCAUCCCCGAAGUUCUUGUGCUUUCUCCUCUCGCAGGUUCUUAUCGAUCCUGGUGGAGCCUCCUGCCAUGGUCCUGCUAGAUUGCCAUUGCCAAUACUGUUGUUGCUGUGCACCUGUCUGUCUGUCUCUCUCUUACCCCAACUGGUCGAGACAGACGACCACCCACUUAGAGCCGAAGGAUCUGUCCUAGGUUUCUGCCUUUUAACAGGCAGUUUGUCCUUGCCCUUGUCGCCAAGUGCUUGCUCAUGGUGGUACUGUUGGGUCUCUGUAAAUAAUGUUAUAAAGAGUUCGGUCUAGACCUGCUCUAUUUGAAAAGUGUCCUGAGAUAACUUCUGUUUUGAAUUGGCGCUUUACAAAUAAAAUUGAAUUGAAUUGAAUUGAAUUGUAUCAGAAUAUGUGGCUCAGCCUGUCAGAUGUUGUAUCAACAGUGUAACUACAUGACUUUUUCUUAAAGCAUUAUAAUGUCGGUUUUACAACCCAGAAUCCAAAAUAGUCUCACACAAUGCAGUAAUUUGCACAUCAUUUUCAUCCUAUAUUCAACUGAAUACAGCACAAGUCUUACACAUGUUUUCUACACACAUUUCCAAAAAAGGUGGAACAGGGGUGUGUUUCCUGUUACCAUGGGUACAUGUACAACUGCUUUUGUGUACUGCAGUGCCCCCUUCUGGUUGUUCAACAGCAGAGGAGGGGAUUUCCACAGUCCAAAAAGAAACAUUCUUCCAGAUUUGUACAUUAAACCUACAAGUUCAGACUUAAGUUAACUUGAUAGAAUAAAUGAGUGGAAAUAUAAUGUGAUUCAUACUAUCGCACCUAAUUGCUAAUUUUUUAUUCAUUUCUACUUUUCUUUUUUCUUUUCUAAAAUGAAAGCUUCCCAUGUUCAACUGAAAAAAAUUAAAACUAAUGUGUAAGAAAACCUCUGGAAGAGCUAAGCUGUAGUUGGUUUUGUGCACUGUAUUGUGGGAAACUGCCUGCAGUGGUUCUGAUACUGUGUAAACUGAUUGUGUUGGGGUGAGAGAGAGAGAGAGAGAGACAUAGACAAAGGUGCACAGCAACAACUACACUAAUAGUAGUGACUGAUGAUGAUGAACAUGAAGAAGAUGAUGACGACGAAAACAAUGAUGGGGGACAAUGAGCAGUGAUUAUAGUAAUAAUAGUAACUGUAGUAAUAAUAACAAUAAUAUCAGUGAUAUUAGCAAUGGCAGUCAAGCAGGACCAUGGCAGGAGGCUCCACCAGGAUCGAUAAGAACCUGCUAGACGAGAAAGCACAAGAAGUCCGGGGAAGAAGUGAAGUUAGUAACAUGCAUUAAUGGAACAUGAAUGAGUGCAGAAAGAGAGAGAGAGGAAGAGAGGAGCUCAGUGCACCAUGGGAAAUCCCCCGAUAGUCUAGGCCUAUAGCAGCAUAACUAAGGGAUGGUUCAGGACUCACCUGAUCAAGCCCUAAUUAUAAGAGUUGCAGUAAUCCUGCCUAGCAGUAACAAAUGCAUGGAUUAGUUUUUCUGCAUCUGUCUGUGAUAGGAUGUGUCUAAUUUCUAAUAUUACGUAAAUGAAAGAAGGCAGACCUAGAGGUUUGCUUUAUGUGGGAAUUAAAUGAUAAAUCCUGAUCAAAUAUAACUCCCAAGAUUCCUGACAGUGGUGCUAGAGGCCAAGGUAAUGCCAUCUAGAGUAACUAUAUCUUUAGACAGUGAGUCUCUGAGGUUUUUGGGGCCAAGUACAAGAAUUUCCUUUAAUGCCAAUUUGAUGCUCAAGUCUCUGUAAAAGAAUAUUAUGGUCAAUGGUGUCAAAUGCAGCACUAAGAUCUAAUAAUACAAGUACAGAGACAAGUCCAUUGUUGGAAGCAGUCAGAAGGUCAUUAUUAACUUUAACCAGAGCUGUCUCUGUGCUGUGAUGAACUCUAAAUCCUGAUUGAAAAUCCUCAAAUAAACUAUUGUUAUGUAGAAAGUCACACAACUGUUUGGCGACUACUUUCUCCAGAAUCUUAGAGAGAAAGGGGAGGUUAGAAAUUGGUCUAUCAACCAGUCUUUGUGUAUUGGUUAUAUUCUCAUUAGUGUUUACCAUUUGUGUUUUUUUAUUGUUUUACAGAACAUUGUGAUACUUCAUUAAAUUAAUAUAUAAGAAUAGUUGUGUUUACUGGAGGACUUCACACUUUUAGCAAACUGUCUAUCUUUGAAUAUGGACAAAUUAGGCCAGUAAAUGUACCUCUGUGUUACAUCACCUUUUAACAGCACUCAGUAAGUGAGUUAGGGGGUUAGUUAUUUUAUUACACCAGAUGGGAAACUUGAUUUGCAGUCAGGGGCACAAACAAAAAAAUAAUAAGUACCGAAAACACAAAAAGGAUUUCUGUACAUACAAUUUACAGUAAACCGUAAUACAACAAUAACAAUGCAAAAGAAGUAAGAUGCUAAAAAAAGUUUAAGCAAAUUAAGCAGGGUUACUGUACAAGGAACAAAGGAGUUUUUACUCCUGUUGCACUUUGGUUCUCUGAAUUUACGGCCUGUUAAGUCCAGUAUGGACCUAGCCUUGUGGAGAACCUGCUGAUAAGAUGUUCCUUUAAAAAUAGCCAUCAGGACCAGAGUUAGUUGAGCAGACAGCGGAGCCAGGCUCAGCAGCCUCCCGGUGACCACAGCUGGCACCAAACAGCCUCUGAGAAAGAUGGAGGCCAGCUGAUUCACAGCAGCUCCCACCAGCACUCGGACUCCGGGGACGUUGAAUAUUCUGCAGGAUCGGGGAGCGACAGCAGAUCACACUGUUUAUUGUGAACUGAUUUUUAAGUAAAGUUAUAACUUUACAUCAGUGUAUUGAUUAGAAUGUGGGUAUGUGUUUUAGUGGAGAGGACUGAAAACUAUCUCUGGUAACAACAGAGACAGAGGGAGAAACCUAGUCUCUAGUGACCCAGAUAGAGUAAAUAAACGAAAGUAGUAUUUUAAUAGGUUUGAUUCUGCCUGGCUUUCCUAGAUAUCCUGAUGCCACUUUUUGAUUUCUCAUCCCAUCACUGCUGUCUGUCAGAUGUUUGAUGUGUUAAAUCCACAUGGUAACUAACAAGAAACAUUAUAAAACAUAAUCAAUAAUGUCAGUUUAUGAUUCAAUGUAUUUAUGUAUGUAUAUGUAAGUUUUCAAUCCGUUAAGUUUAGUAAAGUUUCUUUGUUGUUGCUUCAAACGGCAUUAAAUGUUAUCAACAUUC